GGGACGCAUUGAGAACCGGCCCGAGUGGCAGAAACCGCUGCGGGGACACCCUUUGACCGCUACCCAAAAGCACAGUCUGCGCACUGGGCCUGUCUGUGACCGCUUCUCACAACUAUAUAGACUGCUUUGAACCUGUUUGCCAAGAUAAACUGACUUAGCCUAUUUAUGCCUCUGCUUCUGCCGGGACUGGGAAUAGGAGAGCUACACGGUGAAAGGAGCUGAGAGUCCUACCAGUUUAAGAUCUUUUUGGUUUAAAAAGACGCCGGCGUGAUAAGACGACUCCAAUUACGCACUGUCCUUUUGCGCGCCGGGAAUGGCGAGUUUUGGGGACUUAGUGAUUCAUUCGUAAGGAAUCUGUCCUCCUCCCCCUUGACACUAAGAAACUGUAGAAAAGAAGCGACCAGGGGGAGGAGGUGUUUAAAUAUAUUGGUGAAAGUUUGACACCAGCCGGGGUGGCCGCCAACGCGAGUGGAAUGCGGCUCCCUUCGCUGGUGACGUGCCUCGUCUGGUGCGCCCUGAUUCUCUCGCCGGUCGGUGAGAGCUGCGGACCGGGAAGGGGAUAUGGCAAGAGGCGGUCCCCAAGAAAACUUGCACCACUUUCCUUGAAGCAGUUCAGCCCUAAUGUCGCCGAGAAGACUUUAGGAGCGAGUGGCAGAUAUGAAGGGAAAAUUACCCGGAACUCGGAGCGCUUCAAGGAGCUCGCUCCGAAUUACAACCCGGACAUCAUUUUCAAAGAUGAAGAGAAGACAGGUGCUGACCGCAUGAUGACUCAGCGCUGUAAGGAUAAGCUCAACUCGCUGGCCAUCUCAGUGAUGAACCUGUGGCCCGGCGUGCGCCUGCGGGUCACCGAGGGCUGGGACGAGGACGGCCACCACUCGGAGGAGUCCCUGCACUACGAGGGCCGGGCCGUGGACAUCACCACGUCAGACCGCGACCGCAACAAAUACGCCAUGCUGGCCCGGCUGGCGGUGGAGGCCGGCUUCGACUGGGUCUACUACGAGUCCAAGGCCCACGUGCACUGCAGCGUCAAGUCAGAGCAUUCGGUGGCUGCCAAGUCAGGAGGCUGUUUCCCCGGGGGGGCGAUGGUGACCUUAGAGGAUGGGGGUCAAAGGGCGAUGCGGGACCUGCAGCCGAGUGAGCGAGUGCUCGUUUCGUCUGGCAGCGACGGCAGCGGGGAUCUGGCAUACAGCGAGGUCCUCACCUUCCUGGACCGUGACCCCUUAACCUGGAAGCAGUUCUACAUGAUCAGGACAGAAGGGGGGGUCGGCCUGUCCCUCACAGCAGCCCAUCUUCUGUUUGUCUCAGAAGGAAACUGCACCGAGGGGACAGUGCCCCCUCCUGGUGUUUUGAGGACAAUAUUUGCCAGCGAAGCUCAACCAGGACAGUGCCUGAUAACCGCAGAGACUCAGGAGGGAGAGAGACACAGCGCAGCGCGUCUCUCCCGGAUCACCCAGGUCUUAGUCAUGGAGGACAGGGGUGCAUAUGCCCCCCUCACGAGGCAGGGGACCGUGGUGGUGGACGGGGCGGUGGUGUCCUGCUAUGCGGUAGUGGAUCACCAGACUCUGGCCCACUGGGCCUUCCACCCGCUCCGCUUUUUGCAUCGAUGGACUGGCACCACCGGUCAUCAUGGAGAUGGACUCCAUUGGUAUUCUCAGAUCCUCUAUUGGCUGGGCACCCUGGUACUGGACUCUGAACACUUCCACCCCUGGGGAAUGGAUGAGUCUGGAAAGUGAAACCUUAUGGGGAGGGGAGGAACAGAGAAGCGGUAGGAUUGGUUAAAUAAGAGAGAUGCAAACAGAUGAGGACAUUUAAUUGGCUGGAGUGCCAACAGGGUCUGAACUUCAUCAAGGCACACAAGGGAGUCAGUGAGACUGGACAGACUGUCAUAGAAGUUUAAACCAAGAGGGGGGGAGGGGGGGAGGGGGAGGGGGGAGGAGCUAUGAACAUUUCUGAAGGAUGACAAUAGAUGCUCUUUUACAUUGCUGACAACAGACUGUUUGCCAGGACACUCACAAUCGUCUUGUGAAAAGCUGAAUUGUGUUUUGUUAUGAAUAUUCAGCCUUUUGCUUAAAGGAGUGUGAUCAAAUUGAAAUCAAAGUAGUAUCAUAAAGAAAAUCUGUAUUUUCUUAAAGAUCACCUUGGAGAAAGAUUUUGUCAUAAAAAAAACUCACACUUCCAGUCAAACAAAAUAAGUGUAGGAUACAAAUUUAACAUAUUUAUAUAUUUUAGAACAGUGUGUAAAUCUUUGUAUUAUUUGUA